AUUGGAGCGGAUAUUUUAUGACCUCAAAAGCCAAACUUAUCAAUACCUUAUUAACUAACUGCAGAGAAUAUUAAGUCUCGGCAGUUGAGUCUUAACAUUCUCCUGCUAUCUCUUUUAGUGAACAUUUUUUAGAGAAUAGUCUACAUGUGUAUUUUGCCACAUUUGUGUCAGAGUGCGGCAGAAUAAUAAAGGUUUUCCUGGAAUAUGAAGGAAUAGAAAGAACAGCCUUGUGCCAUGGUUACUUGGCAAUGCUUAGCUGCAUAAUUAAAGGAAGAUGUUCAUUAAAUUACUUGAUUGAAGGGAUUUGAGAGAGUUAGUUAUGAAAUAGUCCAACUGGGUGGUAUUUUUUUAUUCUCAGUAUAAAUGCAGCUAUUCCAUGGAAACUUCAGAAGUUUGUUGGAGAACAUUAGUGUUUGAAUGGAAUCAUGAAGACAAAGGUCAGUCUAGAUAAGUCAGAGAUUAAGUUGUGGAGACAGUUGAAACAGAGUUAGGCUAUAAAAUACACCGGCCUUUGAAUGUCUAAAAGAGUCCUGUUCAGUCCAUAUUCUGAAAGAGGAAAGACUGUGGCACAGCUCCAAACCUACCAAGAAAUGGCCAUCUAUAACGGGCUGGACAAGGGGAGCAUUUUUCAGAAAAUCAGCUAAGAAGCUCAUUCUAAAUUUAACGUUUUGGCCUACAUGCAAAACACAGUGUGUGGUUAAAAACCUAACGAUGGCGUUAGUUUUUUGGAGCGGAUAUUGAUGGUCAGUGAUGGACCAUCACGCUGUGGGCAGAAAGCUGGUCGGUGUUCAUGGGAAGAUUGGUGGAGCUAAAUACAGGGCAGGGACAGACUGGCAGAGGUUCACCUUCCUGCAGUUUCCACCUUCCAUCAUCUGUGGUUCUCAGACCCAAUGUCGCCACGGGAAGAAAAAGAUAAACUGAGACAAAAAGCUCCAUGAAUGAGUGGUGGACAAGGUUGAGAAACAGAGGUUUACCAAGAGGGAGACCCUUUCUUUGCUUCAUACUUGAGUAACAGAUAUUGAUACAGAAGUCUGCGGCUAGACAGUUGCCAUGUCGACCUCUUCGCUGCGGCGACAAGUGAAGAACAUCGUCCACAACUAUUCAGAGGCUGAAAUCAAGGUUAGAGAGGCAACGUCCAAUGACCCAUGGGGCCCCAGCAGCUCUCUUAUGUCAGAGAUAGCAGAUCUGACCUACAAUGUUGUGGCCUUCUCAGAAAUCAUGAGCAUGGUGUGGAAACGACUGAAUGACCACGGAAAGAACUGGAGACAUGUGUACAAGGCUAUGACUCUUAUGGAGUAUCUGAUCAAGACGGGUUCAGAGCGUGUUGCCCAGCAGUGUCGAGAAAACAUCUAUGCAGUCCAGACACUCAAGGACUUUCAGUACAUAGACAGGGAUGGCAAAGACCAGGGUCUGAAUGUGAGAGAGAAAGCUAAACAGCUGGUGACGUUGUUAAAAGAUGAAGAGAAACUAAGAGAAGAGAGGAUCCAUGCCCUUAAAACCAAAGAGAAAAUGGCACAGACCACCAGUGCCUCCUCAGCCCCCUCAGCACCAAACCUUGGGGGCAAUCUAUCUGUGGGCUCUCAUUCUGGAGAUCCUGAACAGGCAUGGCCACAAAGCUCUGGCGAGGAAGACCUGCAGCUUCAGUUGGCGUUGGCUAUGAGUAAAGAAGAGGCAGAGCAGACUAGCGCGGACCCUCUGGAGGAUGCAGAGCUUCGCCAUGCAAUCACAAUCAGCAAAGAGAUGCACCAAAAGGAGGAGCGGCUGCGGAGAGGGGACGACCUGAGACUGCAGAUGGCCAUUGAGGAGAGCAAGAGAGAGAAACCAAAGGCAGAAGAGAGUGCUCUGUUGGAGCUGAGUGCAGUGGACCCCUGGGGGGCUCCUGCUAAUACCACUGUGAGCUCUGCCGGCCCUUCGCCUCCUCUCACACUUUCUGGCCCCUCGGCCUCCGGUCCAUGGGGUACAGCUCCCACAGAUCCAUGGGGAGUAGCUUCACCCACAUCCCCUACAAACACCGACCCCUGGAGUGGAGGAGCCGCACCCACUAUAGCCCCUCCUCCAGACCCCUGGGGGGAGACAUCCCACAAAGUUAACAACGUCGACCCCUGGGGACACUCAGCUGUGACCCCACCCAGUGCUGACCCCUGGGGCUCCCCUGUGCCACCCAGCACGUCCUCCUCAGGGGGACCGGUGGACCCCUGGGCAAGGGAUGAGCCUGUCCCUGCCUCUGACCAUAUCACCUCCGACAUCUGGAGUGGCACCGCCAAACACACUAAUGGCACAGGGGAUCCAGAGCGAAGAGGCUCUUCAACAACAGGCUCACCAAUUCCCUUCGACCUGUCAUCGCUCGGCUCUUCACUUCCCGUUCGUAAGACUCCAGAGUCGUUCCUCGGCCCUAACGCAUCACUCGUUGACCUUGAUUCCCUAGUGUCGUCUAAACCCAAACCCAAACAGCCGCCGCCUCCUUCCAUCUCGUCCUCUUCAUCGAACAACCCCUUCCUCCAGAACACAGGCUCUUCUCCUGCCCCUGGCAUGGCGGUGACUCCAGGCAGCACCAUUUCCAGCAGGGGAGUUUCACCAACACCCGUCUCCUCCAACCCCUUCGGCGUGGCUCCACCCAUGACCUCCAUCUCUCCUCAGCCCUCGUCCCUCGGCCUAAGCGGCCUGCGUACCAGUCCUGUGCCUCCCAAUCCCAUGCUAGGCAUGGUUCAACCAGGAAUGGGCCUGGGGCCGAUGAGUGUGGGAAUGGGGGCUCCCGGAAUGGGCCUGGGCAUGAUGCAGGCCAGCCCCAUGGGAAUGCCUUUCAGCGGGCUCUCCCCAAUGGGACCCCCGGGCUCUGCUCUUCUGGGGUCUGGAGCUAUGCCACCCCCUCAGCAGAUUUUGGGCGGGCCCUCAGGAGCAGGAGGAAUUAUGGGAGCAGGAGGAUCUAUGGGAGGUGGAGGAACGACGGGAGCGAGCACCAACCCUUUUCUUCUUUGAGGAAGUGUCACCACUACUUUGCUCACCUUUCUGCCUCAGCUGUCAUACCUGCUUCCCCUUCAUUCAUAACCCCUCUCCCCUUCAACACAAAAUGUGUCCACGAAGUAAAAUGUCUACAUUAAAAAGAACAAAAAUCUAGUUUAUUUUCCUUCCAAAUAAUAGUUUCAUUUGAAAUUAAUUUCCCACUUUUUGUCUCUUUCAUUUCAAAAUUGGAUAUAUUUUUUUUGUGUCAAAUAGAAGUAUUUAUUUUCAAUCUGCUUCUGUUGUGUAUUUUCUGUCCAGUCUUGAGAUGAUUGUAAGUCAGUAAGCAGGGAGCUUUUUCAGUAGUGUCACUCUCUACUCCUAAUACUACUGCACACAAGAGGGAGCCGAAGGAAGAGGUCGCACAGCCACUAACGAACUGAACAGAGAAACUGUCUGCCUGCCUCCUCCCUCUCUCUCUCUUUGUCUAGAAUGAAAACAAACACUGAAUCGCUGAAACGAAACGAGUGCAUGAAGGAUCGUUUUUAACGGACCCACCCACCCCCACACCGACUGAUACACGAACUGAAAAACCUGCAUUAACAUUUCGGUCACAAUGUGGUCAAACCGUUUCAACCAGUUCACUUUUAAUUUAAUGUUGAGUGUAAUUUAUUUUUCUCCAAUACCUGGGAACAAAUAAAUAAGGAAGAUCAUGCAAUGAUGCCAUUUAAAUCAGAUGCUUAUUUUUUAUUUGUUUUGAUCCUACUGUUGUAGAAAACUUUCCAAAAAAAAAAAAAAAAAAAAGCUCUGAUGGCAGGAAAAAAAAACUUGUUGAAUGUGUGUACGAAUGAGAACACAUUGUUUAGCAGCGUUUGUGUUUGCUCCAGUACUUUGUCCCGUUUCUCAUGUCCGAUCUCAUUUCAGCGACUGAAUGGGGAAAAAAAAAAAAAAAAAAACUUUUCUGAAAAUGAUCAUCUGUGAUGUAUGGUUGGAUUUCAAAUGAGGUGUUUUAUGGGUCGUGAUUUUUCUGCCAAUCUUUAUUUUUCUUGUUAAUCACCUUUUUCAUCGGGGAUACCUGGAAUUAAGGUGUCCCAAAGCAACACUGUCCACAUGUUUCACCAUCUCCCUUUUUCUCUGUAAAGGGAGUUCAGCAGAUGCUUCUUAAAAGAGACAAUUAUUUCAUUGAGUGAAAGGAGACAAAACAGGGACAUGAAAACAUGCUCCAUACUGCUCUUUUAAUUUAGCUGGAUGAAUUUAUUAUUUUAUAUCAAGAGAAGUAUCUUUUAUCGGGUAAGUUUGACUUUCGUGUGGUGUCAACUGUGAACAUUCACAUUUGAAAAGAAAAAUGGAGAAAAAAAAAAUCAAAUUUAUGAAAUAAAACAAAAACAGGGAA